CAUAACAGCGUUCUGGUUGCUGUUUAUCAUAAACUGACUAAGCUUGCUGAUAAGGGCGGAGCGCAGUCUAGAAUCCCCAUUCUCCCCGACUUCGCAUAUCCCUUGCUCUCUUGCCGUCUGAUUCUCGCUUCUGCCUACACCAGAGGAUGGGAGGACGAUGCAAUAGCGCCCUCAUUGACCAGGAUAUCUCUUCAAGAUGCCUGUGUCUCUUCUCCGGAGGCGAGCUGCCUCGUUGCUGCCGUCCUUGCGACGCCCAGUCCGCCAGAACCGGGUCUGGAUAGCUCGUGGCGUUCAACACUUCGCUGGUAGACGAUCCAGCACGGGCACAGCAGUUGCCUCUGAACCUCUGAAGCUACAGGAGGAACUAUCUGCCUCUCCAGAAUAUGCAUCGGUAUCUACUAACCCUCCGCAUACCUCUCCGCCACCAGUUUCGUCUUCCAGGGUAUCAGCCCUGAAGACUGCGAAGCCCUUUUCCGAAUUCUUGACGGACACCUUCAACCGUCAACAUGACUAUCUGCGGAUCAGCAUCACGGAACGGUGCAACCUUCGCUGUCUUUACUGCAUGCCAGAGGAGGGAGUGCCACUUUCACCGCCUUCUCAUCUCCUUACAACGCCGGAAAUCGUAUACCUCUCCUCCCUCUUCGUGUCGCAGGGUGUCAGCAAGAUCCGUCUGACGGGGGGCGAGCCUACGGUGCGCAAGGACAUUCUACCAUUAAUGCAGGCGAUUGGCGAUCUCAGGCGAGAUGGACUCAAGGAGCUGUGCUUGACGACUAACGGGAUCUCCCUGCACCGCAAGCUGGACGCGAUGGCGGAGGCUGGUCUGACGGGGAUCAAUCUAAGCCUGGACACUCUGGAUCCGUUCCAGUACCAGAUCAUGACGCGACGGAAGGGAUUUGAAGCUGUGAUGAAAAGCAUUGACCGGAUUCUCGACAUGAACAAGGCGGGUGCUGGCAUCAAGCUUAAAAUCAACUGUGUGGUGAUGCGCGGCUUAAAUGAUCGUGAAAUCAUUCCAUUCGUUGAGCUGGGUCGUGAUAAGCCCAUUGAGGUGCGGUUCAUCGAGUACAUGCCAUUCGACGGAAACAAAUGGAGUCAAGGCAAGAUGUUUUCCUAUCAGGAAAUGCUUGCAGUUAUCCGAAACAAGUAUCCGUCACUGGAGACGGUCAAGGGUCACAAAAACGACACGAGCAAAACAUAUCGUGUGCCUGGUUUUGAAGGCCGCGUUGGGUUCAUCACUAGCAUGACGCACAAUUUCUGCGGCACAUGCAACAGAUUACGGAUCACUUCUGAUGGGAAUCUAAAAGUCUGCUUGUUUGGGAAUGCCGAAGUGUCUCUCCGUGACUUGAUCCGGAAAGUGAAUGAUGGCCAACCCGUCGAUAACGAAGCAAUGAAAGCACUGAACCUUCUUCAAUCAGGCCGUAUGGCUUCUCGCAUCCACGACGAAGGGGGACUUGUCAAUGAGCGCGAGCGCGAGUUGCUCGAUGUCAUUGGCAUGGCCGUCAAGCGGAAGAAGGCUAAGCAUGCUGGCAUGGGCGAACUUGAGAAUAUGAGGAACCGUCCUAUGAUACUCAUUGAUGAGCUAUCGGCUCUGUCGAUAUCGUCAGUGACAAAUUCACGUCUAUCAAACACCCCGAAUUGGUCCUGGACUCGUAUGCCAGCCCACCUGUUGCCACAUGGUUCCUCGUCACUACUGCACGCCCGGUCUUACAGCAGCCGCAGCGGCCGCAGCAGUAAUUGGAAUGGCGCACCCAAUCGCGAAGCUGCCAAACCCGUGGCGUCCUUGCCUACAGUCUCGGACAUGCACCUCCCGCACCUUACGCCGUCACAGACAGUACAUAUGACCCAGAUACAAGAGAAGCCGGUCACGAAACGUCUUGCUACAGCAAGAUGCUACGUGAACUUCUCCAAUUCGCAACCAUACGAUCUUCUCAAGGAGGGAGGCGUCACCAAGAAAGGCGACGUUUUCAGUGUUGCGCGCAUCGCGGGAAUUACUGCAGCGAAGAAGACCCCAGACAUUGUCCCCCUCUGCCAUCCGAGCAUUGGUAUCACCGGCGUGGAAGUCGAUGUUAUACUGAAUCCGCCACCUCCAAGAAGGGAUCGUUCCUUUCCACAGUUAGCACACCGAUACGGCUCUAUCUCAGUCACAGCCACAGUAACCUGUCUUGGGCGCACAGGCGUCGAAAUGGAAGCCAUGACGGCCGUAAUGGGUGCCGCUUUGACAGUCUACGACAUGUUGAAGGCGGUAGAUAAGGGGAUGUCGAUUAGCAAGGUCCAACUGAUGGAGAAGAUGGGUGGUAAGAGUGGACAUUGGGUGCGAGGACAGGAUUACCUCGAUGGUCGUCCCAGUAGCUACAGCGACGAGGAAUUAGCUGAUCAAGAAGAAGAUUAUUGA